CGGCACAAUCCCAUCCAUUUCCCAGAAUCUAAAAUAACGGGAAACUGCAAAUUGUGGCGUGUGUUUGGUGGGAGCUUUCAAUGGCUUUGAUGUGACGACCCAAUUCCCGCAGAUCGUCCGUCCGGCGAUUCCUGCUUUGCUUUGCCUGCCUCCUCUCAUCCCCUCUCCUCUCCUCUGGAAUUCGGUGUACUUGCGCCGUGCCAAUUUGGAGGAAUUCCGUAGCUUUCGGUGGCAGGCAAGGCUUGCGAUGCGAUGCGAGGAGCGAUGAUAGAUAUAUCGAUUGGUGUGGGGAUGCGUGCUGCAGCAUUCUUGUAGCGACGUUAGAAGAGGCUGGCUGGCUGGCUGUUGCAUGGCAUAGCUUUGCGUCGCACUCCGGUGGGAUUGCAUUGUGUGGCGUGCUGCUGCUGCUGCUGUCUCUCCCAGACCGAAGAACGAACGAGUGAGCGAGCGGGCGAUCGAGAUCGCGGUCGCCGCGAAAAGAACAGAUAACACCAGUGCAGUGAGUGAGUGAGUGCGGUUGUCAGACCGACAGACAGUCAUCAGUCAAUCAUCCCAGUUGUUUUCGGUUGCACAGUGCUGUUGAAGAAUCGAGAUCUGGGUUGUGACUGUACUCUUCGGGUUCUCUUUCUCUCUUUCUUCCUCUCUCUCUCUCUCCCCCUUCCUCUCGUCUUUGUUUCCUAAAGCUGCGCUUCCUCUCCCACCACCCACUCCACUCAACUCGUUUCGUUCCAGCCCCGUCUCUUUCCUCUCUAGGACUAUUGCAUUGUGCUAUUCCAGUCCUCUCAUCGAUUCGUCGAACAUUUCUCAACUGGAUUCUGAGGUGAGAAGGAAGAGAGGGAAGAGAGGGAAAACAGAAGUACCUAGUGAGAACAUCCGUCACAGCCUCGAUUCCGAUUGGCGUAGAGAAAUUGGAGUGGAGGAAGCCUUGACUUGGUGUUGCGUGGAAGAGCCAUGAGUGUCUUGCGCCUGUGCACGAGCUCCUGAUCCUCAGCAUUGUCGGAAAUGACAGUCCUCUCGUCGCGGAGCGCUGCAACAAUUUAUUUCCUGCUGCAAAUCCGAUAGACAGCAUGCUGCGAGUCUUCCUCCGGGGCGAUGGCACUGUCACCUGCCAAUAAGGAUCCAGUUCCUUGUCAUUUCUUGUUCCUUGUUCCUGUUUAGGAGUUUGUUGUCGUAUAAAAAUAGCCACGAGUCCAUACCGUCAUUAAUCAAUCGGGGAGCUUGUCGACUCGUCCCGCAUAGGUUUCGGCAGGCGUCCAGCUCAGUUGUGCAAAUUGCCCAAAGUCCGAUAGCGUGCAGUCAACGAGACCGCCACCCCGAAUCCUGUGAGAAUCGAGCCCCGAUCGAAUUCGUCUGCUAGACGCACGCCCUGCAUUUCCCGUGGCCCGUCUGCUGCUCGCCAAUUGUCUUCGGGAGAGAGGCCACUCCAUUCCACUCCUCUCUCGGAGCAUUGUGGUAGUUGUGUGCACGAGCUUCGCCGAAGACGAGCAGCAGCAGCAGCAGGACCUCGAAGGCUGAUCAAAUUGUCAACGGUUAUCGAAGGCACCUCGACGACCGUUGGCAGGAGCGUGGGAAGGCACAGGAUAUCACAGCGGCAGACGAGCGGCGGGCGAGCAUUGAGGGCGGCAUUCUUGGAGAAGGAAGGGUGCAAGCAUGGGGAGUUGCUGGUCGCGAGAUGCGGAUGCAGAGGAGCACGAAUGGAAAACGGAGAUUCCCAAGGCUUCGGCCGUGGCACCGGCGUCGGAUUCACCAUCGACGCAGAGCCCGACGAAAUCGGCCCCGGCAGUAGUUGUGGCGAUGCCGCUGCCCAUGCAGAAGAAGAUACAGAUACAAGAGGAGCAAGAGAUAAAGGAGGUGAAGUCGCUCAGACUGUAUGGCGAUCCAAUGUGCCCGCUCACGAUGCAGAUUCUGUUGGCAUUGCGCUACAAGGACGUGCACUACGAGUGUUCUUGGUUGGACAAAGAGUGGACGCAGAAACAGGAAUGGGCCGCAAGAAAUGGCUCGGAGUUGAAAUUGGCCGUCUUGCAACACGGCAGGGACAAGAUUUCCGGGUCGCCGGACGCCAUUCUGCAGUACAUCGAAUCCAGUUUCCCCGACAAGCCUCUCGUUCCGCAGGGCGAGUACGUCGCUAAGAAAGUCGAAGAAUGGACCGCGUAUCUGCGUGAUACUCUCGGCCCUCUGGUGUCUCAGCUGCUGUACGACGGCGAGCCUUCCAUUCAAGAAGAGCUGGCUCCGGAGCUGGAUCUUGCCCUGGCCAAAGUGAACGGAGGGCUGCAAAAGUUUUAUGGCGACGGCCCGUGCUUCUUCGGCGAGCAAUUUACCAUGGCGGACGUGCUGCUCAUUCCGACUCUGGCGCUGCUGGACCCGCUCAAGGAGUUUCGGGGCAUAGGAAUCUGCUCAGCGUACAUUUCGCUUCUGGCCUACAAGAGGAACAUGCACAGCUUGCCGGUCUAUGCCGCUGCCAAGGUGACCCCCGAGGCUUUGAACAAGUACGUGGCCACCAAGCUGGAGCAGAGGGCGCCCCCGCCGCUUCUAAUUCUCAUGCUCAUGCAGCACCGCAGCAUUCUGUGGCACUUCAACAAGCUCGUCCUGCUGGUGGACGAGCUUCUCAAAGGCGUCCAAAGUAAAGCCAACUACUCUCCGGCUAUCGGCAUCCCUCAACUCAAAAGGCUGUGGAAAGGCUACGGACGACUCGUGGAAGUUCUGCAAGAACACGCUCAGAUGGAGGAGCGUGUUAUUUUCCCUGCCAUCGAGCAUUAUAACCCAGGUGUGACGCAGGAGGCGAAUGCGGAUCAUGGAAGGGAUCUCCCGAUCACUAAUGGAAUAAGGGAGGAGAUAAAGUCCCUGGUGUCUCUAGAUCAAGGCACUGCUGACUACAGUGAAUCACUUGUUAAUCUUGCCACCCGCUUGCGAACACUACAGAUGAACACUGAAGAACAUUUUCAAGAAGAAGAAAAGGAGUUUUUACCCCUGUUGGACUCGGCUGCCUUUGGAAAGGAGCAGGUGGAACCAAUGGUGACUCAUUGCUUGGGAGUGAUGGAAUCAUCACACGGGCACUUGCUGCCCUUUUUCCUUUCGGGACUGAAUGCCCAGGAUAUGUACCAAUACAUGAUGGUACUGCACAAGAGCCUGGCAGAAUCGAAACCGUCUCUAUUCACACGAAUGCUACACGUUGUGCGAAACGCAGACGAUGAGUUCCAAGAUGUAAGGAGAAUCGUCCAAGAAAGAUUCUCGACGUUUUCUCCGUUCAAGAUGACCACCGCUGGUGCCUGAGCUAACAUCACCUUCUCGCUUUAACAGCAAAGCAGCCAUUCGUAUCCACGCAUGUGUGGAGUAUGAGAAAAUGGCUGGUUGUUUGUUUAAAGGGAAGCCGGCCUCUGUGAACUGCACCCCUGCUGAAAAUAGACGGGGUUCACACAUUGUCUUCAAGUAGCCUCCUGAUUCACCCCAUCCAAAACAUCUUGAGCUAAGAUGCUAGAUUUUAUUUCACAACACAGCCAGACACAGAAUUGUGUCACAGGUUUUUUCGCCAGGCAGAAGGGUGCAUCUUGACCACAUCGUGUGCAAGCACUGGCACGUGGCUGUCGAACAAGGUAAUUGUGCACUACGCGCACCAGCACAACUUCACUUUUAAUCAACCAUGUAUUUGUCCAAUCGUCAAUUGCUCUUGAUAGACAGUGAGAAAGGUUCACUGCAUAGGGAGCGAAGCCUGCGAAUGUUGGGCAGAUGGGGAAGAAGUUCACGUGUUAGCAUCUUUCUAGAGAAUCGCGAAGCGGGGCUGGACUCUCCUCUGGUAUUAGGCACUGAGGACAGGUAGAGAUUAGAGAUGAGAAAACGGAAGGGGAAGGAAGCAUGCUUAACUUCACAUGCAUUCUUUGGUGCUAUUUUCCUUGGGCACCAAUAUAGAGUUUGUAUAUUGACCUGCAAUGUAACAUGUUAAUGGUUCAUCUGUAGAUAUUAAUUAGAGCUGAGCCGAGAGCAGCAGGGGAGAGGGGUUUUAAGACUCCUAAUUGCUUGUAAUAUGCACAAAUGUCUCUUUAGAUGCAAUGAAAAAUUCCAUUAAUCUGGAUAUCAUCAAGAAAUUGAAUAAGUGC